AGAAAGAGCGGGCGCGCCCGAACGUAGCGGACGUCACCCCGAGACGCGUGACGUGCGUGCGUGCGCGCUCCCGAGCGGAGGGAAGAUGGCGGAUGUUUGGAGUGAGGAGCUUCAUGCGAGCAGCUGAUAAAGAGAAACACAAACAAACAACAGCGGAGAAGGAGAAGAAGAAGCAGCAGCGCGCCGGCGAGAGACGGACCGAGACACCGGCACACAGAUCCGCAGACGGCGGCGUCAUGUCCGGCUGCGCAGACGGCGAGGACAGCUGCGCGGUUGCCAUGGAGACGGAGGAGGUGCAGCCGGGCGAGCGCAGCAUGGGCGAGCUCCCCGAGGAGGUGCUGGAGUUCAUCCUGUCCUUCCUGUCGCCCUACCAGGAGCACAAGACGGCCGCGCUGGUCUGCAAGCAGUGGUACCGCCUCAUCAAAGGUGUGGCGUAUCAGUGUUAUCAUGGAUUCCUGAGGGCUGUUCAGGAGGGAAACAUUCAGUGGGAGAGUCGCACAUAUCCAUAUCCUGGAACACCGAUAACACAACGCUUCUCACACAGUGCGUGUUACUACGACUCGAACCAGUCGAUGUACGUGUUCGGCGGCUGCACUCAGAGCAGCUGUAACGCAGCGUUUAACGAUCUGUGGCGUCUGGAUCUCAACAGUAAGGAGUGGAUCCGGCCGCUGGCGUCAGGCUCGUAUCCGUCUCGUAAGGCGGGAGCCACGCUGGUGAUGUACAGGGAUCUGCUGGUGCUGUUCGGCGGCUGGACUCGGCCCAGUCCGUACCCGCUCCACCAGCCCGAGCGCUUCUUCGACGAGAUACACACCUACUCACCCUCCAAGAACUGGUGGAACUGCAUCGUGACGACUCAGGGGCCGCCGCCGAUGGCGGGACACUCGUCCUCCGUGAUGGGCAGCACUAUGGUGGUGUUUGGAGGCUCUCUGGGCGCGAGGCAGAUGAGUAAUGAGGUCUGGGUUCUGGAUCUGGAGCAGUGGUCCUGGUCCAAACCGGCCGUCAGCGGCCCGUGUCCUCACCCUCGCGGGGGACAGUCUCAGAUCGUGAUCGACAGCGAGACACUGCUGAUUCUGGGCGGCUGCGGCGGACCGAACGCUCUGCUGAAGGAUGCGUGGCUGCUGCACAUGAGCGCCUCCCCCUGGACGUGGCAGCAGCUGCGUGUGGAGAACGAGGAUCACGGAGCGCCGGAGCUCUGGUGCCAUCCGGCCUGCAAGGUGGGUCAGUCCAGCUCGCCGCACACCCCCCCGGGUGCCGUUUCUCCCGCCGCUCUGCGCCGCGGUCUGGAGGCCGUCAAAGCUUCCUCCUCGCUGCCGUCCUCUUCCUCGCUCGACAUCAAAACUGACACGCCUCCGCAGGCCAGCUCGCCGCACACCCCCCCGGGUGCCGUUUCUCCCGCCGCUCUGCGCCGCGGUCUGGAGGCCGUCAAAGCUUCCUCCUCGCUGCCGUCCUCUUCCUCGCUGUCCCAGCCGGGCGCAUCCGCCGGCACGCCUCCCGCCUCCUCCAGCCCUCCGCAGGCCGCCGACGCACACUCCAUCCCGCCCAUCGCCCGCCGCCUCGCCCACCACCCGCCGCAGAGCCUGAACGUGGGCAAGCCGCUCUACCAGUCGCUCAACUGCAAGCCCAUGCAGAUGUACGUGCUCGACAUUUCUCGUGCCAAGUCGGGCGGCGUGGUGUCGUGGCGGGCGUACGGGAGCGGCGGAGCGCCCAGCGCCAUCACCGGGCCGCCCGAGACCAGCCUGCACACGGUGGUUCAGGGCCGCGGCGAGCUCAUCAUCUUCGGCGGCCUGAUGGACAAAAAGCAGAACGUGAAAUAUUACCCCAAAACCAACGCCUUGUACUUCGUCCGCGCCAAGAGGUAAACACGGAGACGACUGCUGCCCUUACACUAACUUACCUUAAAAUACAGCUCGACACAUAUAAAGGACACUCAAACAUAGUUGUGGUUUCAGUUUCUGAGCGAGCGGAUGAUGUUUUUGCUAUGUGCUCUGCGAGAGAGAACUCUAGAAGGGAAUGCUUUAUUGUUUCUGUCGCAUCUCACCCUCAGAAACGCUGAAGGAUACAGACGAUUGAAGGAGGAACUGAUGAAAUGGACCUUUUUUACCGCUCUUUCGGCCUGCAAUGUUUACAUUAAACGCGUGUGUGUGAGUGAUUGUGCUGUUGAGGGAGUGAGACUGUGGCUUGUAAACAGAAAUAAAGUUCUCCAUGUCUUAAUUCUCUGA